AUGGACUCAACAUCCCAAACCUCGUCCAAAUCCCAACCCAUCGCCGCCGUCCUCCUCUCGCGCGCCUUCGACCCCGAAGAAUCUAAACGCAUCCUAACCGAAAAGAUCCAACAACGCCCUCUCUUCCUCUGCCCAUCAUCGCCUCCACCCUCCGACGCCCGCGCCGCCCGCCGCCGCGAACGCGAAAAGAAGCGUCUCUCGCGCAAAAAGGCGCUAAAACCGAAGCCCUAUCCGCCAACCGAGCGCCGCAGGCUCGGGCUCUACGACGUCCCGCGCUCCGGACAAAAACACGCCCUUUUCGAGCCGCUGCAUCAGCUCUGGCUAGGGUACAUCCGCGAGAUUCUGGGAAACGAGAUACAUACCGGGGGCGAGGGCGCGGCGUCGAAGCUGACGAGCGCGGAUUUUCAUGGGGCUGAGGUGGAGGUUGUCAGGAGCGGGUGUGUGAGUAGGGUCGGGUUGAAGGGGAUCGUGAUUAAGGAUUCGAGGUUUACGUUUGAGGUGGUGACCAAGAAAAAUCAGAGGAAGUUGGUGCCGAAGGAGGGGACGGUGUUUAGGAUUGAGGUGCCGUUGGCAGCUACGGUGACGACAGCGACGACAGCGACGACAGCGACGGGCACGGCAGAGGAGGGACAACAACAACAACAACAACAACAAACAGAGGUGGAACAACCGAAAAUGAUCUUCGAAGUACACGGCGAACAGUUCCAGUUCCGGUCGGCGGAUCGUGCCAACAAGAAGUUCAGGUCGCAUUUCUCCAAGAUUCUGUGA